AGGGGAUGAGGGGGGGGGGGGUUUAUUGCCAAAACAUUGUUCUCCGGCGGUCGCUGCUUUCGUCCAUCUUGUCCUGGCGCGGGGAAUUGUGGGUGUCGCGCGCGGACGGGUCGCGAGAGGAGACAGGCGAGAAACUGCUCGAGGUGGUCUGAGGGAGACCUCUUUUUUUUCUUUUUUUUUGUUUACGUCCCGUAUGGUAACGUCACAUUAACCGGAGCAGACGCCGUAAUUUUAGAGAGACGUGACGUCGCGCGACGCUUUGUCUUUGCACGUAAUUCGGAACAAAUAUGCGUUAAUGUUUCUCCUUAAAUCCCCAUGAUGUGGAUUUUUAAAAAAAGUUGUUGUAAAAGUAUUAGUAUUGGAAAUACGAGUUAUCUACGUGAUUGAUUAAUUUGUUUGUUUAUUUUUGUAUUGUCUUUUUCAUUUUUAACCUUCACAUUAUUUUAUUUUUUUUGGUACAUUAUUCAUAUGUUUGACUAAGAUUUGGGUUUUCCGUCGAUUGGGCUGCCCAAAUUCUAAAUUUAGUCUGUAUUUUGUAAUUAUAGCUUCAUAAUACACUAUUAUCAAUGUUCUUUAUUCCUCAAUAGCUUUCUACUCAGGCUUGCACAGAUUCUAUUUUUUGCCCUUAGAUACCUCAACUCAGGGCGGCACGGUGGUGUGGUGGUUAGCACCAGUGGCCUUUCUGUGUGGAGUCUCCGGGUACUCCGGCUUCCUCCCACAGUCCAAAGAUAUGUGCUGGGGAUUAGGUUGAUUGGGAACUCUAAAUUGCCCUUAGGUGUGUGGAUGUGAGUGUGAAUGGUUGUUUGUCUCUGUGUAGCCCUGCGACUGGCUGGCGACCGAUCCAGGGUGUACCCCGUCUCUCGCCCCAGAAGUUGGCUACUCUGUGUGCAGGAUAAGCUGUUUGAAGAUGGAUGGAUGGAUGGAUGUAUAACUCAACUCAAUCCAUCAGAUAUAAUCUGAGACCAAUGCUCUCCCACUUAACAAAAUAACUUUCAUCAGCUCAGGUAACAUAAAGUCAGAGAGUGUGCAGGGCCACAAUCACAAUAGACAUAAAUAACAUUUUCUUUUUUUUUAGACAAAGGAAAAACACCAAACUGCAUAAUAAAUCUGAUGAAGAAACUGUUUGUAAUGUACAUUGGGCACAUUUGCAGUGACCUUUUUUUUAACUUUCAAAACCAAUCUGGUGUGUCCGACUGGUGUAUCUAUAUAUAAAAAUACAGCCAGACAACCACCACAGAGCCCCAGAACGCCCACACAGCUUCACUGUGAAUAGAUUUAAGGUCAUUUGAUUUAUGUCAUAAUUUCCCAAGGGAAUUCGUACCACUGCAGUAAAAAUCAAUCAAAGUGAGUCCCGCCUUAGGACCUCAUGUUGUGGCCCCCACAUUGUAGAGUACCGUGUCAAAAUCUGAUUCCAAGAUGUUUAUAUAGUUUCCACAGUGUGCAUAACUGAGAAUGUUGGGGGGCUAAAGCAAAACAUUUUAUCUUAAAUCACUAGAACCAACACAACACAAUCACAUGUUCGCUUUGAAGGAGCUGAAACAAUAAAGUUAAAUGCGACUUCAUUGAUCUGAUUCUGCUGCUGUUCAACUACAACAUGCCAAGUCUUCUGCUCAUACAUUUUGUUUUCAUACAGGAAAUUGCACGCUUCAUUUUCCGCAGGGCCUUUAGGCCAAAUUCCAACUGACUUGAAUCUUGAUGAAAAAUUGAAAAUUCUGAUAUGAUUAAAGAGGAAAAUUGUUAGCACAUCUAUCCUUAAUAUUCAUAGGGAGACAUCAUUGUGAGGCUGGCCAUUUAAUUGGACCACCCUCAUUCAGUGUACAAUGGUCACAUUUAAACCUCCCUCUCCAGGUUUAAUUUCCCUCCAGUAGCACUAGGGGGAACCAAAUAUCUACCACGGAUGCUGAGAAUAAAGAAUUUCAUAGUAUUGUGUUUCCUCACGAUUGGGAUCAUUAGAAAUAAAUAAAUACGAAUAAAAAGAUGCCCAAGGUUUAUUCCGCGGUUGCAUUGAACACUCACUGAUGAUUUUGGGGAACACGAUGAAAGAAAAAAAAAGAAUCCUCCCUGUACCCACCCCCCACCCCACUUCCACCCUGCAAUAGGAACUCGCCCCCCGGCUGUAAUUCGUCUACAGCCUUCAGUGGAGCCACAGCGCUUAUAGCAGAACUAUUCACAUCCGCGGGUCUAUUGAAGCAGCACCUGGAUCUACCAAGGACACGGCCAUUGCACCCAGCUGCUUGAAUGCAGCUUUUGUUUCCAAUUCAAUGUUGACGGUGUGAGUGGUUUUUUUUUUCUUCAUUUGUAUUAUCCCUCCUUGGAUGAGACCUGAACAAAAAGUUGUCACCACUCGUUCGCGUGAAGGACAGAGUCUGAAGCAUGCGUGGCGCAGAAUCUCUGCUCUUCUACGAUUCAGGAGAGAGGCGCAUCUCCACCUCCACGAUGCCAGUUGCGCCCUGAAUGUUCCUGCACGGGUUUGGGCAGGGGUUACCAAAGUUGCGCAAAGACCCCGCUCCUCCACGAGUACUCGUCGCCUGUCACAGGGCGAUUGACACCAUGGCAGCCUUACGGAGGAAAUUUGGCGAGGACUACCAGGUGGUAAACACCAACCAGGACAUGACUUUUUCCGCACAGGUGAAGAAAAAGAGGCAGCGGUUCGUGGAGAAGAACGGCCGCUGCAACGUCCAGCACGGUAACCUUGGCGGGGAGACCAGCCGCUACAUCUCCGACCUCUUCACCACGCUGGUGGACCUCAAGUGGCGCUGGAACCUGCUCAUCUUCAUCCUCACCUACACGGUCGCGUGGCUGGUCAUGGCUUCGAUGUGGUGGGUGAUCGCGUACAUCCGCGGCGACCUGAGCCACGGCGGCCACGACUCGUCCUACACGCCGUGCGUCGCCAACGUGUUCAACUUUCCCUCCGCGUUCCUGUUUUUCAUCGAGACGGAGGCGACCAUUGGCUACGGCCACCGCUACAUCACGGAGAAGUGCCCGGAGGGCAUCAUCCUCUUCCUCUUCCAGUCGCUGCUGGGGUCCAUCGUGGACGCCUUUCUCAUCGGCUGCAUGUUCAUCAAGAUGUCGCAGCCCAAGAAGCGCGCCGAGACGCUGAUGUUCAGCCAGGACGCGGUCAUUUCGCAGCGGGACGGAAAGUUGUGCCUCAUGUUCCGGGUGGGCAACCUGCGGAACAGCCACAUGGUUUCUGCGCAGAUCCGGUGCAAACUCAUCAAGUCUCGGCAGACCCCGGAGGGCGAGUUCCUGCCUCUGGACCAGUGCGAGCUGGACGUGGGUUUCGGGACGGGGGCGGACCAGCUCUUCUUGGUGUCGCCUCUAACCAUCUGCCAUGAGAUCAACACCAAGAGCCCGUUCUUUGAUCUGUCGCAGCGCUCACUAAUGAAUGAGGAGUUUGAGAUUGUUGUCAUUCUUGAGGGCAUCGUGGAAACCACCGGUAUGACGUGCCAGGCGAGGACAUCGUACACCGAAGACGAAGUUCUGUGGGGCCAUCGUUUCCUCCCCGUCAUGUCCCUGGAGGAGGGCUUCUUCCGGGUGGACUACUCCCAGUUCCACAACACCUUUGCGGUCAACACGCCUCCCCACAGCGUCAAAGAGCAGGAGGAGAAGUCCUCGCUGACGUCGCCCAACUCCCUCCCCGCCGCCGCCGCCCCCUCCUCCCCUCAGUCGGGCAACGGCGGGCGUGCGGGCCGCAGGGAGCGGCUGCUGUCCGCUGACUACGCCGACCACGCCGAGGACCAGGCCUCCAGGCUGCCCAGCAAACUCCAGCGCAUGAGCUCCACCAAGGAGGAGCUCCACAGGCGGGGACUGAACGCGGGGCCGGCCCUGCCCGGGGGCAAGGCCUCCAGCACGGGGGACCUUCCGCUCAGCAUCCAGAGGCUGAGGUCGAGCUCCAUCCCGGUCGGGAGGCAGGCACAGCAGCCGGAUGAGCAGCUCCAGCUGCUGUGCCUGGACGCGGGGGGCCGGGGGGUCGACGCGCCGACCCCGGCCCCGGUUCAGAUCUUCUUCGUGGGGAGCCGGCAAGAGGACAACCUGCCGGCCAAGCUGCGCAGAAUGAACGCCGACCGCUGACUCCUGCAGGCUACGCUUUGAGGCUUUGAAGGAUCUAAUCGGGCCUUUGUGGGCAUUGCAUACAAAUAAAAACGACUGAGAUAUCAGUUCUUUUCUGUGGAUUUUGGCCAAGUAAUUUACAUUGACUCACGGGCUCUUUACUACUAAGUUGUAUAUUGCCACCAGUGGCAGGACAACGCCAAUAAGCCAUCCUUCCGCUCAUACUGUGAGUCAUUUUUGAUAGAUCACCAUCUGUGCCCCCCCCCCCUCCACCCCUCACUAACUUCUAACACGUCUGCCCUGGUUCUUGUUUCUUUCAUAUCUGUCCUUAGAGUUUCAUCAAAGACCAAUAUAUCCACUUUUUAAAUUGAAUCUACAGCACAAAAGUGGCAGUCAUGAAGAAGACCUGAAUAUUCCCCCUUGUCGACAGCUUAGCAACUGUGGGGCACCGCGGGCCGGUCGAGCGUGAGGUUUCUUCAGGGGGACUUAAUGCGCAACGAAAGCAAGGAGGCGCAAAGUUCCUCCUCAACCUUUGGAGACCCGAGCGGAUCGAUUCACGCGGUGUUGUUGGCGCUGCAGGACCGAGAGGCAAUGAUUGGAAAACGGUUCAAGAUGAGCUUUUUCAACUUCACGAGAACGAUGGCAAAAUCCACUUGUUUCCGUUGAGUGGAUCCUCACCGUAGGAGACACCCUCCUGCAUUUAAAGGUGUUCGAUGGCGCCGUGUUGCUUUCCAAAAUCAAAACCACUGGAGCAAAGGUGUGAGGAGUGGAUGGAGAAGGAGGGUUUAUGUGCUCCAAAGUAAGUUGUCUGGCUAACAAGCUGGAGGCCGAGUUGCAUUAAAUUCCUUAGCCUUGCCUUACUAAUUAGCUAAGGAACCGCUUAAAAAACCUUCCUUGUUUACCUUUGUGAUAAAAAUGUAGUGGUACAUACAUGAGUUGUUAUCACUGCGAACUGCUUACGUGUGCGAAAGUACAUAUUUGAACAGGCUUAUCUACAGUAACUGAAGCAGUCAAUCAACCCGAGAUUUCCUAACUGUUUGUUAAUCUGAAUGCUCAUUUUAUUUCUAUAAUUUCUACUGUACAAUUUUAACUAUUUUCACCCCUGUUUGCAUUAGCCCAUAACAACCAUUGGAUGACAAAAUGUAAUCACAGGUCCAUUUUGGACUUUUUAAUUGAAAACUGAUUUAUUAAAAUGUAAAAUUGUAUAUUUUGGAAUGAAGGGUUGACAUCAGGGGACUGUAUGUAUUAUUACUUAUAUAAAGUGGAUAUAAAACUUCAUAAUGCAAGUGCUGGAUAAUAAAUUAUUUAAAAUCAGAAGUGUGUCUGUGGGUACAUCUUUUGCUUUGCAGCUGGUGUUAUUUCAGCCUUAUAAAAUACCCCAGCAGCUUGUGUGUCACCCUUGCGAUGGUUAAACCAACAUGCAUUAAAUAUUGACGCAUUAAAUGGGACUGCAAGUUUUCAUUUUGAUGCAAAUUUCAAGAGGGCAGAAGGUCAGAAAGGAAACUCACGGCCAAAUCCUCUGGUGGGUAUUCAAACCGUGUCUGGUAAGCUCACUUGAAAUAAAAGCCCUUUUUUUCUGAGUGCAGCUCCACUUAAUCAGUUUAGUUCUUCUGCAAAGUCACCGGUUUGGGGUCAGUGGCUGAUUCUCCUCUUGUUUGUGACUGUCGAGACGAAAGUGCCCCAGAAGAGGAAGGCAGGUUUCAGAACAGUCGAUUACUCAAAUUGCGACGAAUAGUUAAAAAAAAACGCAAAAGGUCUCACUCGUCCACGUCUUAAGCUUAAGAUACUAUGAACUCAGAGGAAUGAGGGGUGGAAAGAAUAGAUCCCCCACCAUGAUGGAUUUAAAUGUUGAUCAAAAUCUGUUUGGUUUUGUCACAUUUUCAAUUCAAUUGUACAUACAUGCAAUAUGUGUUUUGCACUAUUUUCUCAUCUUAAUCAGGCCAUUAAAUUAGGUUUGAAAUGGGUGAUUUCCAUUCAUUUAUAUGACUCUUUUAGUUGGCAAAUGCUGAAAUAUUUGUUAUUUUCAGCGCGAUGGGAAUCGUUCAAAUGUCUUUGUGUCUGAAGUCAACGCUGCAUAAUCUCAUUCAAAGUCCUGGUUGUUCAGUUCAGGCACGAGGUGACAACUCGAAAUGAAUAAAAUAUAAUGCAAUACUACUGUUUUGCAUUGUGUUUUGUUUUUAAAUAUGUUUUACCCCCGUAGAUCAAUUGAUGGGUCCCUCGAGGCUCUCUGCCGAGUCAUCACACAACUCCUUUACUUGACUUUUGUUUGCGGAAGCAAACUCUUUAAAUGAGAAUGUGGCCUCUGCUCACCUUAAUGUUACAUUAAUGAAUGUACAGUGAUAUAGCAGCAUAUAGAACUACAUGUUUCCUUGCAGGUCCACACGUCGUUGGAAAUCUUAUCAUGUAGGCAUCUGCGUCCCAUUAAUAAAUCACCUGGGUGUCCUAUCAGAGGAGUCCACUCCAUGAGAUGCAGAAAAACAGGGAGCCCGGCGCUUACAUCACACGUCCAUAUUGACCAGAUGCUCAUCCAUAGUCGAUGAAGCAACCGAAAUUGUAGCUUUUUCCGUCCUUCGAAUGAGGCGGAUUGAGAGACCAUUACGGUUUGUAGGGCUUCAAGCGCUGUUGUGGUUUGACCUCUUGACAUGGGUAAAAGUACAUUUAAAACUCCUUUAACACUGCAAAGGGGGGAGAAAACUGUCAUCUUUUACAUAGAAAAUCUCCGCGUUCUAUUUUUGUCUCGCUGAUAGUGUCCCAAUGGUCAUUGGAGAAACUUUUCUUAUUUCCAAAGUGUCCCUUUGAUCAAUAUGAGAGGUCAGAGCCGGCGUUAUUUGCAUGUGGAUAUGAGCUGUGUCGUGCCCACAGGCUCGCUCUGGGCAGCCUUGGUAAAUAGCACUCAGCUCUCCCGACUGCUUUCCCUCUCUUUGCUUUCUCACAAUGUCACAACGCAUCAGUUCAAGUGCUCUUUAUUUCUUUGAUGUCCUUCCACACCGAGAGAUGUAAGAUGAGUCGUCUAAGAAAGAAAUGUCUUUGCUGGAAAAAGUGGUUAUUUCCAGAUCCGUCCAAGCUUUUUCAACCAUAUCACAUAAGACUGAAAGCAAUGCAAUAUCAGAAGUGUUUUUUCAACGGUCGACUCCAUUUUCAGCAGUAUGAUAACUUAAAGUACUUAAACAAAAUAUGUUUUUUUUCAAAUGUUUGCUAUAAACCUGAGCAAUAAACAAAUUGGGUCAGAAAAACUCGUCUCUGGAGCAUUUUACUUGCAUGUGACUUUGGGUUUCACUUUGAUUCAGACACACCGCUUGCAGAUUUUUGUCAGUUAUAAAAAAAGAACAAGCUACACAGCCCUCGGCAGCUAGGGGACACCAAAAAAAAAAAAAGAGCUAAAAGGAGAAUAAAUAUUGGUCUGACAUUCAGCAGAUGGGCAGAAAUGUGACUCCAAGUGAACGCUUAUGUUGCUUUGUGUCUGCUGCACGGGAAGAAAAGUGAACAAUUCCCUCAUAAUAAGCCUUAUUGAUGUUUCAUUUAAGAGUUUAGUGCUGAAAACCGUUAUCAUUGGCGGGCUGUAAACAAAAAUGUGUAUUUCUUCCUCGAUUCGUUUAUUUUUGACAACCGACUAAUCGACGAACAAACCAACAUAUUAUGUAGGUCAUUAUGUCAUUAUUAAGUAGAAACUGUGCGAUGAAAUGAAGUUGGCGCUUUCCCCCAAUGAUCUAACCAGCAGGGGAGGGUGUUGUACCCCGCUUCGCGUUUCCCAGGACAACGAUUGAAAUCUGCUCAGAGACCAACGCUCGACGCGUGCCUGUCUCAUUACGAGCCCUGUCACUCCAUUACAGAGUGACAGAAUCUCAUUACAUGCCCCCUCUUGCCCUCCUAAUUGGGUUUUUUCCCACCAAGACUUUCUCAAACCCCGCCGCCGCGAAUACAAAAAUCACUCACAUCAGCAGAUGUGCACCUCGGGAGCGCAGCUUCUUCACCACACACACUUUUCUAUUUUUUUUCUUCUUCUCAGGGAAUCCCCGGCCCACCCCCCCCGGUGGUUUUUGGUGACGAGUCAGCGAGGCAGACAGAACCAUUUACGGCCUGUCGGAAUCAAAUUGCUACACACGGCAGGAACAUAAGAGCGCGUACGCGUCUCUCCCGUGAAAAUGCGGCCGUGCCUCAUGAAUAUUGGAUUGGGUCCUUUAAUAAGUAAAAAGCAGCGCCCGGGGAAGGCCUUUCUGCAAAGCGUGACUUCGCUCGGCUACAGUGUUUGAAGAAGAUGACCUGAAUAGUGGAUGCUGAAGAGCAAUGCUUGAGAGCUUCGUGGAGCAAAGGUUAGUCCAAGAGGGAUCCUAUUUAAUUGGUUUCUUUCUGCAACAAACUGGAGAAUAUCUGGUCACUUGUGUUGUAAACGUGUGUUAUUCAUCACACAUUCAUGCGAGAUCGCACCGGUUUCAAAUGUCGCUGCAGCUCUGCUUCAAGCCCUCGUUCAGUUGAGACCUUGGGUGAGUGACAAAGGCAACAUUUCCCUGUCUCUGCUAAAUAGAAGAAGAAAAUGCAGCUCCGGCACUCGGCGACCUCUGUCGAUGACACUGAAGCAUUUGGAUUCACAGAAAAGGGCCUCUUUUUGUUGCUCACGCGGUCUGCAGUCUUUGUCAAAUGAACCCAUCUUCUCCUCUCUGUAUUACCUGAGUGAGACAAUCCAGUGAAUGCUCCGUGGGAUCAUUUAGUAAUCUUCAAAGACUCGAAAGCUCGAGAACGAAGUCUAGUUCGUGGCCCAGAUGAUUUACAUAUUUUCAGAGAAUUAGCAUACGUUCUGGCACAUGAAGACGUCGCAGCUCCUCGCCUUGUUUUCCAUCGUUGUCUAAACUUUGAAGAGGGAGGUUUUUUGAGUCAUUGUUGCAAGCGGAGCAGUGAAAGCGGAAUGAUCUCCAGGGACUGUACGAUGCAAAUGACCAGCAUUCAAAUGUCGGUAAUAGUGCAUGUUGGUACACUGGCUUUAAUGGGCCCUACUGAUCAGUAUUUCCAAGCUUUGUUCAGGUGUAUCCUGUCUAAUUAAAUUA